ACGGCCCUUGAGAUCUGAGGGGCUUCGCUUCACUGCAUCUGGUUCUGGUUCUGAAUCACGCAGUUUUGAGCACUCAAGUUUUGUCCGAGGAGGCAGACAGUGAGCGCAGUAGAUUAAUUCAGCUGAACGGAGCGGAGGGUGGAGGGUGGAGGGUGGAGGCCAUGAACCACGGCAUUCACUCAUUGACUGCCCUAGAGCUGACUCUCAGAGCUGCUUAAACCCAACCCCUCGGCUCCUCGUCUCCGAUUUUGCUCGUUGCAGGUCCGGCACCAGCCAGAUUCUAGAACACAGACAUGGAUUAGAGGCUGUGGCUUCUCUUUGUCUCCACUGUGCUCAUCUGAUCUGACAUGUGCUAUUCGACUGUCAAGAGCUAGGGCAGAAUACGGUUCUGAUGCUUGAACGGUGAAUUCUUGAACGAAGAAUUGCGUACCAUGAGUUUGUGAAAUUUGCUGGCGCUUACGUCUGCCUCUGCUGUGCUUGUGGCGAUGGUGGGUGGGCGAAUGCGUGAGAAAGCAAGCUCGGCGGCCGGAGCGCCUGUAGGUUCCGGAUGAGCUGCCGCUCGCUCGUUUGAGGAAAUCUAAGAAGCGGAAGGGUUUUGGAUUAUUUUCCUCUUGUUUGGGAUUGUAGUGUUAAAAUUUGGAUACAUGCCUCUCGAGGCUGUAGCAGGGCGGAUGUUCUCCCAAGGCUUUACACCUUUUCACAACGCAGCUCCUCGACCCCGGGGUGCCAGUGGUGCCAAGAGGUUUCCGACAUUCUACAUGCAGAAAGAAAUAGCUGUGCACUCCGAGUCAGCUCCUGUGGUGUUGCAAGUCCAGAGGAACGGGGAGAAUGUGGAUGUGGCAGCUUGUGCAGGCGGUUUCGGUGCUGAGCAAUCCAAUGGGAAUCAGUCUCACGGUGACGUUGAGCAAGAGGACAGGAUUCUUAGAGACUGGCAGCUUUUUUGCAAACAACAGGCUGUGCCGGCGAUUGUGAGGAUGAAUAUGGAGAAGAUCAAGGAUCUGGAGGUGGAGUUUGGCGAAGAGCUCAAAUUUGGUGGCCCGCGUGGUUCUCUCAAGGGUCGACCUGGAGCCGAAGAAGAUCACAGGCACAGAGAAUUUUACGAAACUCUGACCGAUUCCGAGUCAAAAUUGCAGAAUUUUGCUGCCCGACAAGUGGCCUGCCGAGUUAUUGGAAGCAAGGGUUACCUUUGUGAUACGUGCUGGCUCCCAGAACGAGAUUGUAUGUGCGACACAUUCGACAAGGGACGAUUGUGGCCUGGAAUAUGCCUUUGGCUGUACAUGCACCCGAAGGACUUUUUGAGGAAAAAUAAUACUGGGAAGUUACUGUGGCAAGUCUUUGGAGACAAAGCAGCGCGGCUGACAGUUUUCGGCAUUUCUGACCAUGAAGAGGUCAUGUGGAAUGCCUUCAAAGAGGCAGGAAGGGACAAAGUUUGGUGUAUAUAUCCUCAUCCCCCAGAGUGUCAGGUUCCAGAUGUGCUAAUACCCGAAGAUUUGGUUGACAGGCAAGAAGACAGUAAGGAUGGAGAUGCACAUCGCAUACAUUUAGUGCUCAUUGACGGAACUUGGAGUAAUUCGAAAGCCAUGAUCAGCCGACUCAAGGAGCGAGCUAGUAGACUGUGGGAAGGGCGCAGCAUUCCUUGUGUCGCACUUUCUCCAACCAAUGUGUCUCCGAUGCACAAUCUGCGGCCACAGCCAUCUACAGCCCGGACCUGCACAGCAGGUGCUGCCGCUCAGCUGUUGCGGGAGUUGGGGAUGAGGAAGGAACUUGCAGGAUUCGGGCUGGAUCAGUCAGCUGACAUUUUAGAUGAUUCUUUGACCUGCUUGCAAGACGCACUCGUCUCGAGAAGGAAACGUGUUGGACGUACUACCCAGCGUUUUGGUCGAAUACAAUGUGAUCCCGUUGUCAGUGUCGAGUCUGAUGAUCUGUGAAGUCCCAGUUCACAGGUCGCCUUGGGUGUAUUCCCGCUCUUUCUCUCUCUAUGAGCGGGAGUGAAAAUGAGUACAGUGAACGCCAUUGAACCUCCAUAGCGAGGUGCAUUACCCGGAUUAGAUUCAUUCUUUCAGUAUCUUCGGCACAUGUUGCCGUAAGGAGUUGACAUGUUAAGCAUGGCACAUUUCAUGAGCAUCGAGAUGUGCUCCGUGCAGGAGAAAUUUUCGAUUUGAGAAAUGUGGAAUUAGUACACUAGAAUGUGGUGUACCGGCGUAUAUUUUGAUGUAGUAUGUUUCUUGAGGUACUUAGCGGAAGCAUUUAUGGAGGUCGACAGUAUACUUCAAAAUUUGUCCAGCUUCUUCCACAUUUAUACAGAAAAGAAUACUUGAACAACAAAUGUUCUUUUCUUGUCAGAUGAUAUUUUAUUCCUCGAGCAUUCGUUGUGACGUCAAGCUUGGUGGUGUACCACGUGAACAUUACACUACCACAUCUGAGUCACUCCC